GCCCCCUCGAGUUCCCGUGCUUUCUCCCCCUCGGGUCCUAAAACCCGCUCUAUUUUUCUCUCUAUUUUUCUCCAUUUUUUUUACUGUUUUAUGAAGUGCAUCGUCCCGCACUCCAACAAGUCUUCUUUCAGUCUGGGGACCAAUGGCUGCCUUUACUUGUUAUUGAUCCAGAAGCCUGAAGGCACUAGCAUCUCAGUAAGACGGCUAGUAGAGAAAUCAAAGGAAGUUCAGGGUUCUGAUAAGUUUAAGCCCUCUCCUUAAACAAUGGAGAGUCUGGUAGAGUGAAAAAGAGAAAUCCACCAAAUUCUGAGAAAAUCUGAGAGAAACAUAAGGCUUUGGGUUCUUUUGGUCCAAUGAACUCCAACAAGAAUUCAGAUUCAUCAGAGAAUAAAAAUAAAGAUAGAUUGGAUGCACGGUCUUACAGGGCAUUUUUGAAGCAAAGGGUAAAAAAGGCUAGGCGUCCGGAUUCUUCAUGGAUAUCCCAGAAAGAGAUUGUUGAUUAUGGUGAAGAAACUGGAAUGGACUGUUUGUUUGGGGAAGAAUUGGGAACAUCAAAAUUGAUAGAGCCACCUUCCCGAGGAGAAUCACCUGUAGUGGUUCAUUCAGAUAGCUGGAGUGGACAUGGUGCUUGUAAAAGAGCUAAGAUUGCAGCAGAUCUUGAUCUUGAUGCCAGAAUUAGACUGUUAGAUAGUGAGAGAAUUUCUACAGCAAAUGUUGUUUCUUCCUAUCCCUUUAGUUCUGGGAACAGUUUUUUUGAGCAAUCUUCAGUGUGUCCUGAGUUUCUAAGGACAAAAGAUGACUCACAAGACUGGGUAUUCAGUUCAUGUGAAGCCAAAAUAGGACAUGAUUUGGCCUUCUUUUCUGAGGUGGCGAUUCAAACAGAUAGUUGCUACAAUAUCUGUGUCUUCUGCCAGUGUCCUGGAUCCCACUUGUGCUGCAAUGGAAAAGGUUGCAAGAGAAGUUGCCAUCUUUUUUGUCUUGAUCCGCUUUUGAAAGAUGCUCCCCUUGGACUUUGGCAUUGCCCUUUUUGCGUGGAAAAAAGGAUGAAAUCAGGGGUCCACUCAGUGUCUGAAGGAAUGGAAUUUAUUUUGGAUUUCAAAGAGGAAAUGCAGGAAGAGAAGUAUUAUCUUGUCAAGUAUAAAGGCCUUGCCCACGUUCAUAAUCGUUGGAUACCAGAAAGCCAGAUGCUUCUUGAAGCUCCUAAGCUUGUGGCUAAAUUUAAUAGGAGACUACAGGAAGGAAAGGUCAUAAGGUGGAAACAUGAGUGGGCAAAACCUCACCGUCUGCUGCAGAGAAGAUAUUUAAUGCUCCCAGAACUGGCCGACGACAGUCUUUCUGGAUUUUGCCACCAGGAGUGGCUUGUGAAAUGGAAAGGUCUUGGUUAUGAUGAAGCUACAUGGGAAUUUGAGAAUUCAGAAUUUUUGUGCUCACUGGAAGGUAUCGCACUGAAAAAGGAUUAUGAAAGACGCCGUGAGGAGGCAAAGAAAGCAUCUGAUCCUUCAAACACUGACAAGGCUCUGUUGCUAAAGAACACUCCAUUUUCCAAGCUUUAUACAUUGCCAGAUGGAUGCUCACCACGAUUUGAUAAAAAAUAUCUAAAGUCUAUCAACAAACUUCUUGAGUUCUGGCACAUGGGAAGAAAUGCUGUUUUAAUUGAUGAUCAGGAGCGAAUUGUUGAAACCAUGCUAUUUAUUUUAGCAUUACAAUCCCAUACAUGCCGGCCUUAUCUCAUCAUCUCAGCUGCUGCUGCUCUGCCCUCAUGGGAACGUGAGUUUGCACAGUUGUCACCAUCUGUUAACAUUGUUGUUUAUAAUGGCACGAAAGAUGUUCGAAGAAUGAUUCAGACUGUAGAAUUUUAUGAUGAAGGUGGUCGUAUAAUGUUUCAAGUGCUCAUAUCACAUUCUGAUGCUGUUGUCGAGGACCUUGAAGCUUUAUAUUGCAUUGGCUGGGAAGCAAUUAUUGUUGAUGAGUGUCAAAAGUCAAGAGUAUCUAAACAUUUUGAACGGUUCAGGAAUCUUUCAUCUGAUUUCAGGUUGCUGCUUUUUAGUGGUCCUCUAAAGGACGGCUUUGUUGAUUACCUCAACACACUCUCAUUCCUUGAUCCAAGAGGACAAGAGAAUGCUGUCAAUAUUUCAAAAUUUGAUAUUACUGAUGAUAAUGAUAGACUUGCCAUCCUAAAGGAAAGGUUAGCAUUUUAUGUUGCAUAUGAGCGCAAACCAAAGUCUUCGAAGUUUCAAGAGUACUGGAUUCCUGCUCAGCUUUCCAAUGUACAACUUGGCCAGUACUGCAAUAUCCUAAUGUCAAAUUCAGAUGCAUUGCAUUUGAUUUCCAAAGUUGAUCAUGUUGGUGCUAUUAGUGUCAUCCUCAAUUCUGCUCGAAAGUGCUGUGAUCAUCCCUACUUGGUUGACAACUCAUUGGCCUGUUCACUAACCAAGGAUCUAUCAUUGGUCGAAAAAUCAAAGUUUGAAGUGAAUGCAAGUGGAAAACUACGACUUCUUGACAAGAUUCUCCGGAAUAUAAAGACUCAUGGGCUAAGGGUGCUUAUUCUUUUUCAGUCCAUUGAUGCAUCUGGAAAGAUUUCUACUGGUGAUAUUUUGGAUGAUUUUCUCAAUCAAAGAUUUGGUGCCAACUCCUAUGAACAUUUCAUUAAUGGAAUGACCAGGGCAAAGAAAGAAGCUGCUUUGGAAAGGUUUAAUGACAAGGAGAGUGGGAGAUUUGUGUUUUUAAUUGGAAACUCUGCUUGCACCUCAAGCAUUAGACUUUCAUCAGUACAUACUGUUAUCAUUUAUGGUAGUGACUGGAAUCCACUGAAUGACUUAAGAGUGCUUCAUAAAAUAAGUAUUGGUUCACAUCUUAAACAGGUAAAGGUGUUUCGUUUAUAUUCUUCCUGGACAGUGGAAGAGAAAGUUCUAAUAUUUGCGAAGCAGGAUAUGGUUAUUGGGCAUGAUACACAGAACAUGAGUCCUAGUAUUAGCCAUUCACUUCUCAGUUGGGGUGCAUCCUAUCUGUUUGAUAAACUCCACAGGUUGCUCCAACAUAACUAUCAAAGUCAUGAUUGGAGUACUUCCACUGAGAAAUUACUCAUGAAUGAAGUAAUGAGGUUGUUGAUGCAAUCAUCCAACAUGGCUACUAUCACUGAUAACAGCAAUUGCUCAAUUGUAGUGAAAGCUCAACUCACUGGAAUGAGAUAUUCACAAAAUAUACUCCUAUUUGGGGAGAGCGAAAAUACACUCUCACUGGGUAAUGAUCCCCUUACUUUCUGGUCAAAGUUACUGAAUAGAAGUUGUCCGCAAUCAAAAUGUACAUCUGAGCCACCUCAGGGGACCCAAAAGAAAGUUCAUCAACUUGAUGAGUUGGUAAUGGAACCAGAAGGUUCAGAUGAUGAAUCGAGGAAGAAGCAUAAAAUUAUAGUCAAUAGCACCAUUAAUUCAGCGAUGUCAGUCCCACUGCAGAUGUUAACAGAGACAGGAGAAGCUGUCAACGGCAAGGCUGCUAAAGUGUCUGAAAAUACUCCUCCAUCGGGUUCUGAUCAUCCAUUCCUUAUCUGCACAAGUCAAGAACCACCGGGCCCAAAUAUCUCGACCAAUGAAACAGGAGUACCUAUAAGUCAAGCAAAACUUGGAUCAAUGUGUCAAUCAUGCUCUGGCACUAUUAUGAAUGAUGCAGUUUGGGAUUUGCACAUGCCUGCCAUGUCUCUUUCUUCUGACGUAGAUGAACUUGAAAUGUGGAAGCUUGGAGAGAAGGAAAAAUUGCUCAAUGCACCGAAGGACCUUCUUUCUUCUAUUAACCCAAAGUUAUUGAAAUUUUGUGAAACUUUGAGACUUCCGGAUGAAGUCAAGCAUCUGGCUGAAUUGUUUCUUAUGUAUAUUAUGAAGAAUCAUCAUUUUAGUUUGGGAUCAGAAACUUUAUUGGAAGGCUUCAUUAUUUCACUGUGUUGGAUGGCAGCAUCUUUGCAAAAGCACAAGAUCAACCACAAGGAAUCACUUGCUCUUGCAAAGAGGUAUUUAAACUUUGAGUGCAAAGAGCAAGAGGUGGAGCUAGUUUACGCAAAAUUAAAGUUUCUAAAAGAUUUUUUUUCUCAUCCAUCUGGUGUGUCAGAAAAUACUGUUCAACCAAAUUCUCUAAUGAUUGAGACAUUUUUUCCAAAACAUGACAUUCAUAAAGGCAUCAUACAUGAAGAAAUUUCAGGAAGAUCAUCAUCUGAUCAUCAUGUAAUGGAGAAAUGCGAGAUAAGAGUGUGUGAGUCAUCUGUUCCAGAAAACAACACUGCUAAAGAUUUCAUGCAUGAAGUUAAUUUGAAGAAGACACUAUCUGAUGAUGAAGUUCUGGAAGAAGGCGAAAUCAGAGAGAGUCUAUCAUCAAUGCCUAGCAAAUAUGCUGUUAUAUACAUCAUGCAUGAUGAUAGUUCAGAGACUGCAUCAUAUGGUGAUGAGAAAAUGAAAGAAGGUGAAAUAAGGAAGGAUCUGACAUCUAUGCAAGCACAAAAUGUUUUCAGAUGUGUUGUACAUGAAGACAGUUCAAAAAUUGUACCUUUUGAUCAUGAAGGAAUAGGAGAAGCUAGUAUUAGAAUGGGUCAGUUAUCUGUUCCUGUAAAUGAUGACAUUAAGGACAACAUGUGUAAAACUGGUCCAAAACUAACAUCAAUGGAUGGUGAACUGGAGAAAGAUGAGAUCAGAAAGAGUCCUGUCGGUCAUACGCCCUCUGAGCAACAAAAUUUGGUGAAUAGAUUCAGUCAGUCAUCUGUGCCUGGAAAUGAUGAUCAUAAAGAUUGCAUGCAUGAAACUAGUCCAAAAUUAACAUUGUUGGAUGACGAACUAGAGGAAGGUGAGUUAGGAAAGAGUCCUGUUGCACAUAUGCCUUGUGUACAACUAAAUUUGGUGCAGCAGGAGCAGAAUUCUAUCCUUGAAACUCCUUUAGUAAAGACUCACCAGCAAAUUAAGUCAUUGAAGGAUGAGCUCUUGAAGAAACAAAUGGAUCUGAUUGAUAGAAUUUGUUCAAGAAGGUUAGAUGAACUCCUUUUAAGGCAAAAUAUAGAGCUGCUAGAAUUCAAAAUUAUGAGAGAUGAGCAAAAGAUGGAAUUGAUUAAAAUUCAUAAUUUGGAGUUGGAUCAGAUUCAUGGUAUGCAUACUGGUCCUGUGGUCCGAGAGCAUAAAAUUAAAUUACUAGAGCAGGAUCUUGCAAAAAGAAUGAAUGAAUUCAAUCAGCAUAUGAAGUGCCAGCAUAGAAGAUUUGUACGCAUGCAGAUAAAGGCUAGGAAUAAGGAGAAGCAGAUUAGGGAUCGCUGGUUGGAAGAAGCUAAAGCUGGUGUACUUGAAACAUGUUUUGAUAAGCUUCCUUUGUCAGUUACUGGAUUUAAGCUGGAGAAAUUCAAGCAUGAACGUCAUAGAUAUGAGAGUUCAGUGGACAAUAAAGCAGCAGCUAGUUCUUCAGAUCUCACGAGGGGACCAGUCGAACAUUUUGAACCAAGUAAUCAGCCUGAUUCUAUGUCCAACUGCACAAAUAUAGUAGAAUCUCAUGAACCAAGUAGACCAUCUUCUAAUAUUUCACCAAUAAUCCAGUAUGUAAGUGCAGACAAUAUGCCUCUGAAAUCCGCAAAUCCAGCUUCUCAUUCCAAUGAAAUGAAUGCUAUUUGUGAUGAAUUUGAUGGAGGUCCUCGGCAAGGUCAGUCAGAGUCCUGUUUCUUUUCACAUGCAUCAGAAUGUUCUGGAUGUGAUGCUUCUGCAUCAUGGAAUCAGGUACCUUCCAUUGGUAAACAGGAAAAGUCUGCUGUGUCUAGAGUGGGAGGUGACCGAUGCUCUAGUACUCUAAGUAAUGCUUUUCCUGCAUCAUGUUCAGUUGAUGCAGGAGUGCAAGAAGUUGACUUGAGCAUUCAUAAUUUAACAGUCUCAGAUCUGGGGCUGCCUCCAUCUGUUGGCUUGCCUGGCACUCCGGCACCUCUAGGAAGUGAUCAAGAGCUGUGCAAUCAUGUAUAUUGUUCUUCUGAACUAACAGAAUCCUCAGCACAACAGUCAGUUCUAGGCACAGCUGCACAGCCAGGGCAAUCUAACCAUAAAUUCUCUCAACCUUUGCCUCCGUCUAUUGGCUUGACUUCAGGCAUGCGUGGUCAUACAAAUACACCUGCAACUGUGGGAAGUGACCAGAAACCUUGCAAUCAAAUACAUUGUUCUGCUCAACUUACCGAAAGAUCUUUGCAACAGCCAGUUGUAGCUGCAGCUGCACAGCUGGGGCAAUCUAGAAAACAAUUCUCACAACCAUUUGUCCACCUGUCACCGCCCAUUACUGAUAUUCCUUCCACAAGAACUCCCUAUCCCAGUAACACUGAUGUUCAACCGGAGGCAGGCAGUAAUUUUCCAUUAAAUUGUGCAAUGCUACCAUCCAUGCCUCAACAAGAUCCUUAUUCCAACCCACUCCACGAUGAGCUGAUGAGAUUACAUGGGUUUAAAGAUUCAUUUUCCCAGUGGCAUGAAGAAAUGAAACUUCAACUUAGGUUGGAGUGUGACAGAGAGUUUGAUAAACUUAGAAGAAAAUAUGAUGCACUAAUUCAAGAUGCAGAGAUAAAAUUGGCAGAUAGCAGACCAAGACUUGACAUAAUUUAUAAAAAAAUUCAAAGGCAUCAAAAAUUAGUGGAGGGGUUUCAGGAGACAUUGAAUGAAAUCAUUGAAGGAGCUGCAAAUGCCUAUAAAGAUGCAUGUUCAAGUACUAUGCAGCAGUCUAUGCAGGUGGCACGGCCACAGUUUGCCCAGGGGCCAGUUGAAGCCUCAGCUUCUAGAAGAGCUCCAGCCGAAUCUAACUCGCCUCCAUCCUCAACUCCAUUACCUCUUUCCUCAUCAAGGCUCAGGCCGCCAGCCUCUACAGCUGCUUCUGUUCCACCAGUUCAGGAAAUGCAAAAGACCACCACAAUCUUCUCAAAUAAUCCAGUCAGGCCUCACUUCAGCUUGGUGCUCCCCACCCAUGGAGACCACCAAUUUGGAAGCGUAAUGCGCGCACCUGCUCCCCAUCUCCGUGCCUCUAGACCUCCCAUUUCUUCAUCAAAUCGUCAUCUGGAAAGCAAAAGACCAAUGAAUCAGUAAUGAACUUUCAAUAUGGGCUCCUGCCAGUGAAACCUGAACAGUUAAAUGGAAGUUGGCCUGGCACUAAACAGAUGGCUGGCAUCCCAAUUGCACUAGGUGGCAUCCUGUGUCUUCCUGUUUUGUUUUCUAACCAAUAAUGUACAAAUUUAGGAUUGCGAGUUUUGUUUCUGGUACCAGUGAGGUCCAACUCUUCAAAAUGGAAUGGGAUUUCUUCUUGAGUUAAAAGACACUGUACAUAUGAAAAUUAUGAAAUGUAUAGCAUAAGCCAAAUUCAGCCA